ACUCCAUGUAUGUGUGGCUGCGUAUGUCGCCUCCUUUCCCUCACUAGUUUAUUUCAAUUCCCAUUACUGCUCUCCUCCAGCGCUGGCACCAGUAUGGCAGCGGCGGCCCCCAACCCGGAGGACUCCGCCAGGAGCAGUGGUAACAGCGGAACCAGCACACCCAGCGCCCUUGCCGGAGACGGGGACGCGGAAGAGGCCGAGGACUUCACCUCUUCCUCCCACUGCUCGGAGCUGUCUCGGCGGCAGAACGAGCAGAGGAAGCAGGGCUUGUUCUGCGACGUGACGCUGGCCUUCAGCAGCGGGGCGGCUGCCGGGAGCGUCCAGAUAUGUGAGUUUUCAGCCCACAGAUCAGUGCUUGCUGCGGCCACCGACUAUUUCACCCCCCUGCUUGGAGGACAGUUCUCCGAGUCCUUGUCCGGACGGGUAGAGAUGAAGGAAUGGAGCUCAGAGCUGGGGCCGGACCCGGAGACGGUGGAGAGUGUCAUCCAGUAUAUGUACACUGGUGAAAUCCGCGUCAGCACCUGCAAUGUACAUGAAGUACUGGAGCUAGCUGAUAGGUUCCUCCUGGUGCAACUGAAGGAUUUCUGUGGGGAGUUCCUGAAGAAGAAGCUGAGCUUGACCAACUGUGUGGCUGUGCACAGCCUAGCCCACAUGUACACCCUGGACCAGCUGGCUCUACGGGCUGCAGACAUGAUCCGUCGCAACUUCCAUAAGGUUAUCCAGGAUGAGGAGUUCUACACGUUGCCCUUUCACCUGGUCCGUGACUGGCUGUCUGAUGCAGAGAUCACAGUGGACUCUGAGGAGGUGCUAUUUGAGGCGGUGGUGAAGUGGGUGCAGAAGAACCCAGAGGAAAGAAGCCGCUACUUUGAGGAGCUGUUCCGUCUCCUGAGGUUGCCCCAAAUCAAGCCCACCUACCUGACCAGGGUGGUGAAAAAUGAGCAUCUGGUGGCUGCCAAUGAGGCCUGUCUCCGGUUGGUGUCAGAGGCAGUAGAGGGUCACGCUAUUCGUUUUGAAAACCUCAAGUCAGCUGACAUGGAGCUCUGGUCUUCACACAUGGCCUCCUUUCAGCCUCGUUUUGGCCAGAACAUGGACGUUAUCAUGGUAGUGGGCGGAGUGUCAGAGGGGGGGGACUACCUGAGUGAGUGUGUUGGCUACUUCAUUUACGAGGACCGUUGGGUCAACCUGCCGCACAUCCACAACCACCUGGAUGGCCACGCCAUCGCUGCCACAGAGUCCCAUGUCUACGUAGCCGGUUCUAUGGAGCCAGGCUUUGCAAAGACGGUGGAGCGUUACAAUCCCAAUCGCAACACCUGGGAGCAGGUGAGCAACUUGACCACACGCAAGCAUUCCUUUGGCCUCACCUGCAUUAAGGAUAUCCUGUACAGCAUCGGUGGCCACGGAAACUUCAGUCCAGGUUUCAAAGAUGUCAGUGUGUACGAGCCGGAGCAAGACAAGUGGCACAAUCUGGAAUCUGCCCCCAAAAUCCUGCGGGAUGUGAAGGCAGUGAGUGUGGAGGACCGCUAUGUGUACGUCACGGCACGUACACCUGUUGAUACAGAUAAUGAGGAUGGACUGAAGACUGUGACCACUCGUUACGACACAGAGAGCCGCCAGUGGCAAGAUGUUGACUCCCUGCCCCUUAUUGACAACUACUGCAUCUUCCAGAUGGCUGUGGCUUCUACUAACUUCUACCACACAGCCUCCUGCUGCCCCAAGAGCUACACAGUGCGGGAUGAGGUGGCCAGGCAGAAGAUUAGUGUGCGCAUCUCUGAUGAGAUCCUGGAGAGCCUGCCACCAGAGGUCACCAGCAUUGAGGGUGCCGCGAUCUGCCACUUCGAUGAGGAUGUCUUCAUCAUCGGAGGCUGGAAGAACAGCGAUGACGUGGACAAGCAGUAUCGUAAGGAGGCCUACCGCUACUGUGCUGAGAGGAAGCGCUGGAUGCUGCUGCCGCCCAUGCCUCAGCCUCGCUGCCGAGCCACAGCCUGCCAUGUCCGCAUCCCCUACCGUUUCCUGUACGGCUGCCAGCGCUACCCCAUGCCCCAGAACUUGGCCCGCCAGCGAGAUCGCAUGCAGCAGAUGCAGCAGCUUCACCGGCGCACCCUCACCCUGCGCCGGCAGCUCCAGUCACAGAUAGAGUGUUGAGCAGGCCGGUGUCUGCUCCUUCCAACAACUGCACAGUUCUAUCUGAGGAUCUACUGCAAACCACCAUUCCAUUGCAACCAUCAUCAUUGACCCCCAUUCGUACAUAACACGCCGCGGUGGGUCUUGUGUUGCUCUCAUCCCGCAUUUCAUUGAUCUCAACCCUGUGCCAUUGGCUCUCAUACUGUGUUGUGUUAAUGGCUGAUUUGUGGAAAGCCAUGAAAUAUGUGGGCAAGCGUGUGCUGACCUGCUGGUUGUCUGUGAGGGGGGAUAGGGCGGAUGUAUACAUGUGAAUAAGAGUGUUAUAUAACAGCCAACAACUGAAUAUCCUUUUGUCAAGUAUGUUGGUAUAGAUGCUGUUUAUCUGUUUGUACAUAAAUAGUAUAAAGCUGUAUAUGUAUACAUUUAUAUGGAUAUUUUACAUUCCGUUAUUGUAUGCCUGUACUUGGAAGGCUAUGUGACGUUACUACUAACUGCAUUUCUACAUUCAGUCCAACCUGCUUAAUGAAGUCUCAUUCCACUGUAACACUGUGACAAUCUCCUCAUGCCAGUAUAUGAUCGAUCUAAAAGUCUUAACUCUAACUUAUAUCAUAGUUGCUCUAUUACAAUGGCUCUGCUUGUUGCUGUGCAGCCUCAACAACUAAAUAUGAAUUGAUUCAGAAAGGCUGUUAAUCUUAAAAUCCUGUAGACUAGUUUGCUUUUUAGAUCGCAGUUUCUCCUCAACAGUUGUACAGAGUAUAUUUCUGUCUUUUUUGUUGCUCACAUAAAACUUGAAAACUAGAAAUGUUUUUCCAGGUUUAUGAAGAGGUGAAAGGACAAGAGGACUGUAAUAUCCAAAAUAUGUGAGAAGAUGUAAUGAAAGCAUUCCUUUGAGUUUCCUUAACACUGAAACAUUCUAUUUGGCCACUGCAUUCUAGCACCAAUCAUUAGCAAUGGCUUAAUCAUUCUUUUCUUUUGCACUUUGGCAGCCUGUUGCUCAGUGUAUUCCCAUUCAUUUUAGAAAGAUACAUAGAAAACGUGUAUAUGUGUGACUGCAGGGGUGUGUAUGAUUUUGUGUUUGCAGAGGGUUCAGUUGUCACUCUGCAAAGAAUGGCAAAAGCUUCUGUAGAACUGCACUUUUUCGACAUGUAAUUGUUUCUAAAGUCUUACAGAAGCAUAGGGAUUUAAGUUGCCACUGCACUUUGACUUUGCUUGUUUCAUUUGUUUCAUGUCAGACAAGGUGAUUGUAUUUUGGAGAUGGUUUGUUUUAGCCAGCUUACAGCCAGUAAGUUCAGAUCUUUUUUGAAAAAAAAACGAAAAAAACAUGUAAACAUCAUUUUCAGAUUUGUUUCCACACAUUAAAUGUCUUGUAAAACCUUGUGUUCCUGUACUUGAAUGCCAGCUGGGUGUAUAUUAGAGAUCUGCUAUGUUGUUCUGUGGUCUCCCUUCACCCUCCAAAGAGACUUAAAAAUGAGAAUCAGACUUAAAGGCAAAACAAAAGGGAUUGUUUUAUGAAUGUGUUGUGACUGACAUUCAGAAAUUCCCACUGUCCAGGCAGCGCCUAUUACAGCAUAAAGGUUACAGAGCGCAGAAAUGAUAUUCAUUUCCACUUUAUAACCAACAUUAAUAGCACUGCAGAUAUUAAGUGGUAUAAGCUAUGUAAUUUGCUUUGCAUGUGAUAGUCUGACAUUGUGUCCUUAAUAUUGGAUGUAAGAAAUGCUAAUGUCAUCACUUGCAAUUAAAAUUGUUU